AUGGGAGGGUGCUGCUCCAAGACGCCGGCGCGCGACGUGGUGCUCAACGGCCGCCACCUCAAGACGCUGUCGCUGCUCGGCGAGGGCGGCUUCGCCUACGUCUACCUGGUGGAAGACACGCGGACCGGCGAGGUCUUUGCCCUCAAGAAGAUCGUGGCGCACGAGGAGGAGCAGGUCGAGGCUGCGCUGCGCGAGGCCGAGCUGCACACGCUCUUCGACCAUCCGAACCUGCUCAAGGUUAUCGACUACGGCGUUGUCGCCGCGCCCGGGGGUGGCGGCGGCGGCGGGCCGGGCAGCUCGGGGGUCAACCUGCUGAGCGCCGGCGGCGGCGUCGGCAGCGGCGCGUCGGCGGUCCUCCUGCUCCUCCCGUACCACCGCGGUGGCUCGCUUGCCGAGCUGCUCGGCCACAUGCGCGCGUCGGGCGUGCGGUUCACCGAGACCGAGGCCCUCGCUCUGUUCGUCUCGGUCUGCACCGGCGUCCGCGAGCUGCACCACCACGACCCACCGCUCGCCCACCGCGAUAUCAAGCCGGGCAACAUCCUGCUCAACGACAACAACUGUCCGCUGCUCAUGGACUUUGGCUCGAUGCGGCCUGCCCGCGUCGCCAUCCGCUCGCGCGCCCAGGCCCUGGCCCUUGCCGAUGAGGCCGCCGAGGGAUCCAUGGCUUCGUUCCGCGCGCCCGAGCUCUUUGACGUGCCGUCGGAUGGCUCGGUCGACGAGCGGACUGAUGUCUGGGCGCUCGGCUGCCUGCUCUAUGCCGUCGCCUUUGGCGGUGUCUCGCCGUUUGAGGCUGCCGCCGGCCAGUCGGGCGGCUCCAUCGCUCUCUCGGUCAUGUCCGGUCGCAUCUCCAUCCCUGACUCGCACCCGUACUCGGCCCGUUUUGUCGACCUCAUCCACUACAUGCUCAACACCAACCCGACCGAGCGCCCGGCCAUUGAUGAUGUCAUCGACCGCGCCCGCGCCAUCCUUCGUGACCAGCUCGACCCCAACUACGAUCCCACUGCUGAUGCCGACGAGAGCGAUGCGCCCUUUGAUGCUGCCAUGACCGCGCUGAGUGGCGCAGGCUCGCUUGACGACGGUGGCGGCGACGAUGAUGACUUUGGCGAGUUUGGCCUUGAGUUUGGUGGCAUGCCGAAGAAGGGAAAGGGCGGCAAGUCGCAUCGCAAGGGCAAGAACAACCGCGACAAUGAGGCGCGCGACAUCACGUUCAAGGAGCCCGGGCAGGAGUACGGGCAGGUGACCAAGGUGCUCGGCAACUGCCGCGUCGAGGUCUACUGCUUCGACGGCGUCAAGCGCCAGUGCCACAUCCGCGGCAAGAUGCGCAAGAAGGUCUGGAUCUCGGUCUCGGACUUUGUCCUCAUCGGCCUCCGCGACUUCCAGGACACCAAGGGUGACGUCAUCCUCAAGUACUACACCCACGAGGCCCGUCGCCUGCAGACGCUUGGCGAGAUCCCGGCCACCGCCCGCAUCAACACUGCCGGCGGCCUCGAGGAGGAGGACGCCGACGAGGAGAUCACCUUCGGCCUCACCACCGCCGUCGCCGCCGAUGCCACCGAGCGCAACGACGGCGUCGACGCCUGGGAUGCCAUUAUCAACCAGUACGAGGAGGAUCUCGAGGAGGCCGAGACCUUUGGCGGUGGCGACGACGAGAUCGACGACAUCUAA